AUGAUAUUAAGUUUUAUAAAACUUUACUUUGAUACUUGUUGUAUCCAUGGCUUUCGAUAUUUAGUGAAAAGCGUGUUAAUCCUGCUGGAAAGGAUAUUUUGGCUUCUACUGCUGAUUGUAUCAGUAUAUUUUUGCGUUAUCUCUUGCAUAUCCUCUGUGGAGCGCUUUCAUACGAAAAGCACGCACAUUGGCUUGGAGCGGAACUCCUAUUACUGGAACACCUCGAUGCCGGGACUCACAAUAUGCCCGAUGCAGCGCUUGAAUCAGUCGCUUUUUAAUAAUUAUUGUCGCGCUAAUAAGAUAAAGGGAACUGACAAAACGGAAUUUUGGGAUUUCCUAGAAAAUUUAGCAAAUUCCACGUAUACAAAUUUUGAGAAUAUACCGGAUUACGAUAGCAUUGAUCACACUCUAGAUCAGCUAGGUAUCAAGCCCAAGCAAUAUAUGGAACUGAUUUACAAUCUGACUUUUGACGGCACCUAUGAACCCAUAGAGAAACUUCGCAUCCGCUGUGUCGAUGGCCAGCUACACCUGAAGACCCGACAGAUCCUCACCGAGUUUGGUCUCUGUUAUCUGUGCAGCUCAUAUUUGGGCGAGGAGUACAGCUCGCGCUUUUUAAUCUUUGGCGAGUAUCCGGAAUUCAAUAAGUAUUUAAAUAAGCACCGAUUCGUUCUAGUCAAGAAAGCAACAUUCUUUGACAAGGAUGUCGGCUUCAACCUAAUGGGAUUCGAUACAGACGCAAUAGAUAGCUAUAUACAUUCAGCGUUUGAGGUCAUGAAGGUGGAUAAUAACUUUGGCUAUUCAUUAGAAGGAGCUGCCUACGAGCCAGAGGUUGAGGAAAUAAUUGCUGAGCCGAAUUUCGAGACCGAAACUUCUAUCAGUCAAAGGAAAUGUCGUUUCUAUCACGAAUCCAAUCUCACGCAUUAUCCUUUUUAUACCAAGAAUAUUUGCCAGCAAGAGUGUCGCAUUAACUUGGCCUAUAAGAUAUGCAAAUGUAUUCCUCAUUUUUAUCCCAAUCGCAUUGCCAAGCCGAAACCAGUUUGCACCUACAAAACACUGAAAUCUUGCUUUCCCAGGCAUGCCGGUUACUUUCUGAAAUUUUACGAAGAAAAUGGUCAUCAUGAGAAACCAACUGGCUGCUACUGCGAGCAAAACUGUAUAGACGCUGUGAUCAAGCUCAAAAGUGCCCUCGCCAUGCGAGGCUCUAAACAGUUGCUUGGGAGUAUGGGAAGUUCCGUCUCUAUGAGCACCUGGCCAAGGAAUCAAUUCAAGAGACAAGUCAUAUUUUCCUUCACAGAUUUGUUAGUGUCAAUAGGCGGUACUGCCGGUCUUUAUCUUGGAUUUAGUGUCCUGGGCUUGGUAGAAUUUAUAUACUUUUUUACGCUGCGCUUAGUUUGGCAAUUACUUGGGUAUAAACUUUAA